AUGGCCCUUCCCCGCGCAAACUACGACCCACGCAGGGUCUGCAUCAACCCCUUCCCUGGCCUCACUUUGGGCAAGCACCGGAGGACCAUGGGCAUCUACAUCGCAGGCGGCCUGUUUGCGCUCGCGAACUGGACGUUCCUCGACGCCGCGAUCCUCUCCGCGCACGCGCACGCGCCGUACGGCGAGGAGCCGCGCCCGCCACCCGUGCACGUCACCUUCCUCGACUGGCUCCCCGGCAUCUGCUCCCUCCUCGGCAUGAUCGUCAUCAACCUCAUCGACAAGGACCGCGUCCAGGGCCACGAGGACUUCGGGGACAGCAGGGCGGUGUGGCGGGCCCGCCUGUUCUUGUUCCUUGGCUUCGCGCUCAUGGCAGGCGGCCUGGCGGGCAGUGUGAGCGUCCUUGUCCUGAAGUAUGUCCUCCACAACUACGAGGAGCAGUACACGUACUACGGGUACGCGAACGUGUCCCAAAACGUGGCCCUCAUGCUUUCCGCCAUCGUCCUGUGGAUCUCGCAAAGCGUCAGCACGGAGUACGAGUACACGUUGUCGAUCUGA